CAGCACCGCAGCCCCGUCGGUACAUUGGAAGCACCGGUACAUGGUGUGGCCUCUGGCUCCAGGGAUUGGCUUGUUUCAGAAAAGCUGUCAAGGAGACCACUCAGCGCAGGAGCCCCUGUGUGAGAGCAAGAAGUCCCUGACCAGCCCAGCCUUUGCCCAGCGUCCUUAGGGGCAGCGGCUGAGCCAGGCUUCUCCCCAAACCCCCUGAGUCUGGAGUUGAGAGCUCCCGACAGGAGCAGACAGCUUCAUCUUCCUCCCGCUGGUGGGUUCCAACUGCCGGCCUUGCCGUUAGCUUCUCCACACAAAGUAACCCGUGACUCUCCUCCAGGCGCCAUGUCCGGUCACCCCCAAAGACCAACACGGGCUGCUUUCUCCGGGCAGCAUGGCCUUGGGCAUCUCUGGAACUGGCUGGUGUAGAGGAACCAGUCCAGAGAAGAGGAGGGGGCAAGGGUUUCAGAUCCUCCCCAGGGAGGGGUCUGCCUUCUGGUGCUCUCUCUCUCUCUCUCUCUCUCUCACACACACACACAAACACACACACUGCAUAUGUGCACAUUCACCUGCACACACAUACUCACCACAGUCGCCCUGACCUGGCCCCACGGGCUGCCAAGGAACAGCUGUUAGCUCACAGCAACAGGAAGUGGUGGGUCCUGUGAGCGGGUGGGGAGGGGCUGCCGGCCCGGUUCGUGUUGUAAUCCUGGAGAUUUGUGGUGUGGCUUCUGUGGCCCGACCUACCCGGGGCCUUCCCUCCAACCCCAUUUCUAUUUCCUGGGACACUCCCAGGCUGCUGUCAGGAACCUGGGAUUCCGAGAGCCUGCCUGAGACCCGCAGAAGAGAGGUAGCAGGUGGCCGGCCAGCAAGAGCGGGAGAUGCAGAGCACUACAAACUACCUGUGGCACACCGAGGACCUGCUGGGGCAGGGAGCCACCGCCAGUGUGUACAAAGCUCGCAGCAAGAAAUCUGGGGAGCUGGUUGCUGUGAAGGUCUUCAAUAAUGUCAGCUACCUGCGGCCCCGCGAGGUGCAGGUGAGGGAGUUUGAGGUCCUGCGGAAGCUGAAGCACCAGAAUAUUGUCAAGCUCUUCGCGGUGGAGGAGACGGGGGGCAGCCGGCAGAAGGUGCUAGUGAUGGAGUACUGCCCCGGCGGGAGCCUGCUGAGCGUGCUGGAACGGCCGGAAAACGCCUUCGGACUACCGGAAGAUGAGUUCCUGGUGGUGCUACGCUGCGUGGUGGCCGGCAUGAACCACCUGAGGGAGCAAGGCGUGGUGCACCGCGACAUCAAGCCCGGGAACAUCAUGCGCCUGGUGGGGGCCGAGGGCCAGAGCGUCUACAAGCUGACUGAUUUCGGGGCUGCCCGGGAGCUGGAUGACGAUGAGAAGUUUGUCUCCGUCUACGGGACCGAGGAGUACCUGCACCCCGACAUGUAUGAGCGAGCAGUCCUGCGCAAGCCCCAGCAGAAGGCCUUUGGGGUGACGGUGGAUCUCUGGAGCAUUGGGGUGACCCUGUACCAUGCCGCCACUGGAAACCUUCCCUUCAUCCCCUUCGGUGGGCCGAGGCGCAACAAGGAGAUCAUGUACCGGAUCACCACGGAGAAGCCAGCCGGGGCCAUUGCGGGCACACAGAGGCGGGAGAACGGCCCCCUGGAGUGGAGCUACACCCUGCCCACCACCUGCCAGCUGUCACUGGGCCUGCAGAGCCGGCUGGUGCCCAUCCUGGCCAGCAUCCUGGAGGCCGAGCAGGCCAAGUGCUGGGGUUUCGACCAGUUCUUUGCGGAGACCAGUGACAUCCUGCAGCGUGUCGUUGUCCACGUCUUCUCGCUGCCCCAGGCGGUCCUGCACCACGUCUUCAUCCACGCCCACAACACGAUCGCCAUUUUCCUGGAGGCCGUGUACGAGCAGACCAGCGUGGCCCCCCGGCACCAGGAGUUCCUCUUUGAGGGCCACCUCUGUGCCCUUGAACCCAGCCUCCCGGCCCAGCACAUCACCCACACAACCGCAAGCAGCCCCCUGACCCUGUUCAGCAUGGCCAGCGAGACCCCCAAGGGGCUGGCCUUCAGGGACCCUGCUCUGGACACCCCCAAGUUCGUCCCCAAAGUGGACCUGCAGGCAGAUUACAACACCGCCAAGGGCGUGUUGGGCACCGGCUACCAGGUCCUGCGGCUCACACAGGCCCUGAUGCACGGGCAGGAGAUGAUGCUGCGGGGGCUCCACUGGGUGGUGGAGGUUCUCCAGGCCACAUGUCGGCGGUCACUGGAGGUCACCAGGACGGCCCUUCUCUUCCUCAGCAGUAGCCUGGGCUCUGAGAGGGUCACCAGCAUCCCGGGGAGGCCUGAGGGGCAGGAGCUGAACGCGGCCACGGAGCUGAGGGCCAGGCUGCGAACUAUGGCUGAGGUCCUCUCCAGAUGUUCUCAGAACAUCACAGAGACUCAGACGAGCCUACGGAACCUGAGCUCAGAGCUGGCGAAGAACCGGGAUCAGGUACAUGAGGACAGAAGCAUCCAGCUGACUCAGAGCUGUUUGGACAAGAUGAACCUCAUCUACAAGCAGUUCAAGAAGUCCAGGAUGAGGCCAGGGCUGGGCUACAACGAGGAGCAGAUCCACAAGCUGGAUAAGUUGAAUUUUAGCCAUUUAGCCAAACGGCUCCUGCAGGUGUUUCAGGAGGAGUGUGUGCAGAGGUACCAGGUGGCCCUGGACACGCACGGCAAGCGCUUGAGGGCUGUGCACGAGACCAGGAACCACCUGCGCCUGGUUGGCUGCUCCGUGGCUGCCUGCAACACGGAGGCCCAGGACGCCCAGGAAAACCUCAGUAAGGUCCUGGACCGUCUCCUCCAGGAGGGGGCAGUGGGGGCCCAGGCCUCACCCCCGCCCACGGCCCCUGACCCCAGUGCUGCGCCCAUGGACCUGGUUCUCCACAUGCGGGAGCUUCACAAGGAGAUGGAACUGCUAGCAUUUGACCUCCAGGACAACAACCACAUCAUCGAACGGCUAAGCCGGGACCCCUUGGCCCCUGACUCCUGAGCCCGGUGCGGUACUACAGCAUCCUGAAGCAUUACAGUCUUUCUCUUCUGCACUGUGGGGCCUGCACAGGACCACCUGUCGCACCUCACAGCCUACCUCCCUCCUGGCCAAGGUCGCCUGGAGAAGUCACCAAUCACCGAUUAGCAUUACCUGCCUUUGCCUUUCCACCCCUGGACCAGCACCUCAGGGACUAGAGCCCGGAGGCUCCCCUGGAAAACCACAGGAAGCCCCGACUUUGGGGAGUGCCGGCUGCCCUGGGUCUCGGCCCGGCCUGCCGGCCGCAGCUCAUGUCCGCCUCCAGCAGAGAGGAGAAGAGGCCUCCACAGGCCCUGCUACCCAUUUGGUUUACAGAGCUUCAUUCCUCAGGGAACAACGGCCAGGCCGCCUCACAGGGUCUCCCCGGGGUGCGGAUGGGGGCUCAGGCGACCUCCUCGGCCGGGCUCCUUCCUCUUGAAGAGUUGUGCGUUGAACGCAGCCCCCUGCUCAUCCCGAGAUGUCUCGGGCUCAGCCCUUCCAGCCUGGACUCACAGAGCCUGGUGGUCUUCUGCCCCUGGUCCAGCUGAGCCUGCGGUGCAGAGAAUUUGGGGGCGGGGGGGGUGCAGUGGCAGGUGCCCGUGCCUCCCUGUCCCCUGGGCAAUGGAGCGGUGGCAGGUCUGUACCUGUGCCUUGGAGACAUGGAAUAAAGGUGCCUUCUUGGCCUGGC